CUGAUUAACAGGUGUCAGGUUUUCAGCAGGCGCAGGCAUGAACCAGGUCAAUGUUUGAGAGGCUGACGGAAUUAGGUCGGAGAGGCAGCGAUAUCAUAAGGACAGUGGCAUUUUCCUGUUGGUUGUAUAGCCAUUGUUUAAGCCUACGUUUUGAUUCUUACUAAACUUUCAGGAGCUGUUUUGAAGGAGAUUAUGGAUUCUCAGAAACACCGUCUCAUCGAGGAUGAUACUACAACAUACUCCAUGCCAUUACUGGGGUCAUUCCCUGGUUCUGAGCAAGACAAAUGUCCCAGUCCAACAGCAGAGGCUGGAGACAGAACUGCUGCAGCUGUCCGGUGGCUUCCUGUUACUGCUACUGGUCACUGCCAUGAGAACGACAGGGCUUCGUGGACAGAGAGUCGUGAGAAGCAGCUGGCCAAGAGGAAACUCAUCAUCGCUUCUGUUGUCAGCCUGGUCUUCAUGGUUGGAGAGGUGAUCGGUGGCUACGCGGCACACAGUCUGGCCGUCAUGACCGACGCAGCUCAUCUCCUCACAGACUUCGGUAGCAUCAUGGUCAGCCUCUUCUCUCUAUGGGUCUCCUCCAGACCUCCCACCAAAACCAUGAAUUUUGGCUGGCAUCGCUCAGAAAUCCUGGGUGCCUGUUUGUCAGUGCUGUCCAUCUGGGCUGUGACAGGAGUGCUGGUGUUCAUCGCUGUUCAGAGGAUCCUUAACGAUGACUUUGAGAUCCACAGCCAGAUCAUGCUCAUUACCUCAGGCUGUGCUGUGGGGGUCAAUGUCUUAAUGGCCCUAAUCCUCCAUCAGUCCAGUCACAGCCACGGUCCCUCCUACCACCGACCCCAUGACAAUACAGUCAACCUGUCACACGGCCACUCUCACGGACUCCCUGGUGGCCAUGGCAACACCAGCGUGAGAGCGGCUUUUAUCCAUGCAGUAGGGGAUCUGUUGCAGAGUCUGGGGGUACUGCUGGCUGCUACCAUUAUACACUUCUGGCCUCAGUAUAAAAUAGCAGAUCCUAUUUGUACCUUCAUGUUCUCUGUAUUUGUGCUGGGAACAACUGUCACUAUCCUGAAGGACGUCUUCAGGAUACUCAUGGAAGGGGUUCCUAAAGGUAUCGACUUCAAUACUGUGAGAGAAAUGCUGCUGUCGCUGAGAGGAGUCAAGACCACACACAACCUCCACAUGUGGGCCCUCACAUUGAGCCAGUCACAGCUCUCUGUACACGUGGCUAUAGAGGAAGAUGCCAGUCCCCAACAGGUACUCAUGGAUGCUACCAAGCUGCUCCAGUCAGAGUUUGGUUUCUCCAGCAUCACCAUCCAGGUAGAGCAGUAUGCAGAGGAGAUGAUCUAUUGCAUGCAGUGCCAGGACCCCACGGACUGACAUCACUACCACCAUGGGGGCUGAGACUGAACUAUAGGGACCACUAUAGGAGAUUGUCUGUCUGAAUCCACCAUGGAGGUUAUUUGAGAACCCUGUACAAAAUCUAGCAUGUGCUGGAUAACUACUCGAUUGAGAUUUGUUAACAGUCUGUCAUGACAGACCACUAUGGGGCUAAAGACUCUAUGGACAAGAGAGGUUUCUCUACCCUAUGAGAGGGAAGAAUUCUUCCCAGUCUGUACUGUAUGUCUGUUACAGUAUGCCGUGUGAGGUCACACGACUUCAACAGGGUGUACUGUAGAUUAUACACUGGGACGUGAGGUGCUAUCACGUCAUUUUCCUUAAUGUAACACUUCUGUGGGAAAAGCUCCUGUUUCGAUCAAUAUUGGUUUUUCUAGUAAGAUAACAGACAGAUAGACCAGGUCAACAGAAAGUGUCAUUGUCACAUAUAAUGUUUUAUGUGAAAUAUCUGGUCGUGUUUAGAUAAUUACAUGUAUCAUAGUUAUUUAGUUUAUAUAAUAUAACAGGUGUGGUAUAUUAACAUAAAUACUGAAACAUUUCAAUCUCGAACAUUGUUUUUUUAAACCUUUCAGUUUGUAGACCUUUCAUUUCCCUCUACAUUCUUACUGAUUUACUACCAAGGUGAGACCAUGGUGAUUGAGGGACUUCACAGAGAAGGUGAGAUUCAAUCCAAGGCGUUUUAUAGACCAGCACACUGGUAAUCCAACAAUGCGCCUUUGAAAGUUAAUUUCCCUGACGUCCGUGGAGAUCACAUUCAAUGUAAACUUUGUGCAUGUCAACUCAAGCAUAAAUUACCUUUAAAAGAGUCAAGAACCACAUUUACACUGCUCUGUAAACGUGCCUUGGAUUGAAUCCAGGACUUAGUUGUUCAGGCUCUGAGUAAUGUGUUGAGCCUGGGGAACAGACGCACGCCGCUCUUUUUAAAAAUGUUUAAAUUAUUUUAUUUUACCUUUAUUUAACUAGGCAAGUCAGUUAAGAACAAAUUCUUAUUU